AUGAAGACGAAAAAAGUCCACGAAGUCACGCACUUCGCCGGAUACAUUGACAGGCUGGCUGAGGAUGCGGCUCGUGCCUCGGGCGCCGAGUUUACUCACUUUGUAGACUUCGGGAGCGGGCAAAAUUAUCUCGGUCGGACACUGGCUAGUCCGCCCUACAGCAAGCACAUCGUUGCCGUGGAGAGUAAGGAGGCCAACAUGGCCAGCGCCAGGGACCUCGAUAUCCUCUCGGGGCUGGCCGAAGCCGUAGAUCCAUCCCUCCACCACGACGAGGAGGCUUUGAAGCGCGCAGCAAAGGAACUUGGCAUAUCCGACGAGGACAUCGCCACCAUCGACCUCAGACCCCGGAAGGAGCUGCAGGCUACCUACGCCGUAGAGAAAGAAAAGGGGACCAUCGAGUACGUCGUCGGCCGCCUAGAGCAUGCCGACUUGACCGACGUGCUCUCUCAACUGCGCGGCCAGGAGAACGAAGUUCGGCAGGAAGAUCUUCGUAUGAUGGCCAUCUCGAUCCACUCCUGCGGGAACUUAUCGCACUACGGGAUUCGUUCCAUGAUCCUGAAUCCGUGCAUUCGGGCUGUUGCCAUUGUCGGCUGCUGCUACAAUCUCCUCACCGAGAAGCUGGGCCCACCGACAUACAAGCCCCCAUUCAGCCGCCCGACCCUGCAACCCAUCAAUGCGCGGGUUGCCAGGGAGUCGGAAAGACGGGACCCCCAAGGCUUCCCGAUGAGUGAGCGAGUUUCGACGUAUGGAGGCGACGGCAUCCGACUCAACAUCACCGCCCGCAUGAUGGCGUGCCAGGCCCCGCAGAACUGGACCGAGGAGGAAAGCGGUGCUUUCUUUACGCGCCAUUUUUAUCGUGCCGUGCUACAGAAAAUCUUCCUCGACAGGGGCGUUAUCUCGAGAGUUUACCAUGGCGAAGAGACUGGCGAGGAGAGCCCUUUCAACUCGAGCACCAAUCCGGUUAUUAUUGGAUCACUGCGCAAGCAGUGCUACACCUCCCUUACGGCCUACGUGCGAGGCGCCAUCGCCAAGUUGACCACCAACUCCGAUUUCAGCCAAUACAGCCAAACCAUCAAGGAGAAACUGGGCGACAUCACAGACGAGGAGAUUGCCCGAUACGAGGAGGCAUUCCGGCAUCGGAAGCGAGAGUUGAGCGCAGUGUGGAGCUUGAUGGCAUUCAGUGCCUGUGUGGUAGAGUCACUUAUCGUGACGGAUCGCUGGCUGUUUCUCCGCGAGCAUGCUGAUAUUGUCCGCGACUGCUGGGUCGAGACGGUUUUCGACUACCGCGAGAGCCCCCGGAAUCUGGUUGUCGUCGGCAUAAAAAAGUAA